AUGAGUCCAGUGAGGAGUAAGAGGAACAGAAUAAUAUCUGUAGAACUGCCUGAAGAAGCCAAACAGUUUGGAAUUCAGUUUCGAUGGUGGCAGCCAUACCAUUCUGGACAAGGGGAAGAUGUGUGGGCCAUUGAUGAGAUCAUCAUGACAUCUGUACUCUUUAACAGUAUUAGCCUGGACUUUACUAACCUAGUUGAUGUUACUCAGUCUCUAGGUUUUUACCUGGGAAAUGUGCAGCCAUACUGUGGACAUGAUUGGACUCUAUGUUUUACAGGAGACUCAAAACAAUCCUCAAGCACCCGUUAUGUGGAAACCCAGUCCAUGCAGAUUGGAGCAUCUUAUAUGAUACAGUUUAACUUGGUAAUGGGAUGUGGUGAUCGGUUUACACCACAUAUGGACAAUCAAGUGAUGCUGGAGUAUUCAACCAACCAUGGACUCACAUGGCACUUAGUGCAAGAGGAAUGUCUUCCAAGUAUGCCAAGUUGCCAGGAGUUCACCUCUGCAAGCGUCUAUCAUUCAAGUGAAUUCACACACUGGAGGAGGAUCACAUUGCCUCUACCACAAAAGACCUGGUCUAGUGCAACUCGCUUCCGCUGGAGCCAAAGAUAUUACACAACUGAAGAUGAGUGGGCUUUGGACAAUAUUUACAUUGGACAGCAGUGUCCAAACAUGUGCAGCGGGCAUGGCUGGUGUGAUCACGGGAUAUGCAGGUGUGAUUCUGGAUACCAGGGUUCUCAAUGUCUUCCCACAAAUUCACUUCCUUCCACUGUAAUGUCUGACUUUGAAGGGCUGAAUGGCUGGGAAACAAACUGGCAGGAGGUAGUUGGAGGAGAAAUUGUAAAACCUGAGCAAGGAUGUGGAAUAAUUUCUUCAGGCUCAUCACUGUACUUCUCAAAGGAUGGCAGAAGACAGCUAGUUAGCUGGGACAUGGACACAACAUGGGUAGAUUUCAUACAAUUCUAUAUACAGAUUGGAGGAGACAGUCCAUCUUGCAAUAAACCAGAUAGCAGAGAGGAGGGAGUGCUACUACAGUACAGUAAUAAUGGCGGCAUAAAUUGGCAUCUGCUUGCAGAAAUGUACUUCUCUGAUUUUACAAAACCAAAGUUUGUUUAUUUUGAGCUUCCUAAUACAGCUAAAACACCAUGUACCCGAUUCCGUUGGUGGCAGCCAGUGUUCUCAGGAGAGGGUUAUGAUCAGUGGGCUAUUGAUGAUAUCAUCAUCCUCUCAGAAAACCAAAAGCAGAUUGUUCCUGUUGCUUAUCCAACAAUACCACAAAACUUUUAUGAGAAGCCUGCAUUUGACUACCCCAUGAACCAGCUGAGUGUCUGGCUUAUUCUAGCUAAUGAAGGGAUGGUUAAAAAUGAAAGCUUCUGCUCUGUUACACCUUCAGCCAUGAUAUUUGGAAAGUCAGAUGGUGAUCGAUUUGCUGUGACACGAGAUCUGACUUUAAAACCAGGAUAUGUGCUUCAGUUUAAGCUACAUGUUGGCUGCACUAAGGAUUUCAACAGUGAAGCACCAGUCCUUCUCCAGUACUCCCAUGAUGCUGGUUUGUCUUGGUCAUUGGUGAGAGAAGGAUGUUAUCCUGCAUCUCCAGGAAUCAAAGACUGCAAAGGAAGCGCUAAAGAGUUGAGUGAACCAACUGCUUACUACCCUGGAGACUAUGAGGAAUGGACUAGAAUAACAAUUGUAAUACCAAGAACACUAGCUUCAAGUAAGACCAGAUUUCGCUGGAUACAGGAGAGGAGCUCACAGAAAAAUGUUCCGGCUUUUGGCCUGGAUGGUGUCUACAUAUCUGAACCUUGUCCCAACUACUGUAAUGGUCAUGGUGACUGUGUUUCUGGAGUUUGUUUCUGUGACAGAGGAUUCACAGCUGAACAUGGCACAUGUGUCUCAAACAGGCCCAAUCCAACUGAAAUGUUUGACAGAUUUGAAGGAAAACUGAGCCAGCUUUGGUAUAAAAUCACUGGCGGACAGGUGGGCACGGGCUGUGGGACGCUAAGUGAUGGUAAAUCGUUGUACUUUAUUGGGCCUGGAAAGAGAGAAGCACGAACUGCUGCCUUGGAUACAACUAACACUAGGUUGGUUCAGUUUUACAUACAGAUAGGAAGUAGAAACAGUGGUCUGACCUGUAGCAGGCCAAAGGAAAGAAAUGAAGGUAUUAUUGUUCAGUAUACAAAUGACAAUGGCAUUAGCUGGAAUCUAUUGCGUGAGCUGGAUUUCUUAUCUUAUCUGGAGCCACAAAUAAUCUCAAUAGAAUUACCACGUGAUGCAAAGACUUCUACGACAGCAUUCCGAUGGUGGCAGCCACAGCAUGGGAAACAAUCAGGCGAGUGGGCAUUGGAUGAUGUCCUCAUUGGAAUGAACGACAGUUCCCGAACUGGGUUCCAGGACAGAUUUGAUGGCUCUGUAGACUUGCAAGCAAACUGGUACCGAAUCCAGGGAGGCCAAGUAGACAUUGACUGUCUGUCCAUGGAUACUGCCCUUGUGUUUACUGAGAACAAAGGAAAGCCUCGAUAUGCAGAGACAUGGGAUUUCCAUGUGAUGCCAUCCAGUUCUCUACAGUUUGAAUUGAGCAUGGGCUGUAGUAAGCCAUUUACUGAUUCUCACACAGUUCAGUUACAAUACUCACUAAACAAUGGAAGAGACUGGCACCAGGUUACUGAGGAGUGUGUACCACCAAGUAUUGGAUGUUUGCAUUAUACAGAGAGCUCUGUGUACUCAUCUGAGAGGUUCCAGAAUUGGAAGAGAGUUACCGUAUAUCUACCACCAUCAACAUUCUCUCCAAGGACUCGCUUCAGAUGGAUACAGAGUAGCUAUGGACCUGGUACUGAUUCAUGGGCCAUUGAUAACAUUAUUCUUUCCUCUGGAUGCCCUUGGAUGUGUUCAGGACAUGGUGUGUGUAAUUCAGGGCACUGUGUGUGUGACAGAGGUUUCGGUGGCGCAUACUGCGUCCCAGUUACACCUUUACCAUCCAUUCUGAAAGAUGACUUCAACAGUAGUCUCCAUCCUGACCUGUGGCCUGAGGUGUAUGGGGCAGAGCGGGGAAAUUUAAAUGGAGAAAUAAUUAAAUCUGGAACAGCACUUAUCUUUAAAGGGGAAGGAUCCAGAAUGCUUGUUUCAAGAGAUCUUGACUGUACACAUACAUUGUACAUCCAGUUUUCAUUUAAAUUCAUUACCAAAGGAGUUCCAGAGAGGUCACACUCCAUUCUUCUUCAGUUCUCAGUCACAGGAGGCAUCACAUGGCAUCUCAUGGAUGAAUUUUAUUUUACUCAAACGACUGAUGUCUUGUUUGUCAAUGUUCCUUUACCAGCAGCAGCUCAAACCAAUGCCACCAGGUUUAGGCUCUGGCAGCCUUACCACAAUGGGAAAAGAGACGAAAUAUGGAUCAUAGAAGACGUUGUAAUUGAUGGAAAUAAUGUACGCAAUCCUUCUAUCUUAAUGGAUACAUUUGAUUAUGGUCCCAAUGAAGAUAACUGGUUUUUCUACCCUGGUGGAAAUAUUGGUCUCUACUGCCCAUACUCUUCCAAAGGGGCGCCGGAGGAAGAUUCUGCCAUGGUUUUUGUUUCAAAUGAAGUAGGAGAACAUUCUAUUACUACAAGAGAUCUAGAUGUGAAUGAAAACACUAUCAUUCAGUUUGAGAUUAAUGUGGGCUGCACAACGGACAGUAAUUCUGAUGAUCCAGUGAGACUGGAGUUCUCUCGGGAUUUUGGUGCCACAUGGCAUUUGCUUCUCCCGCUGUGCUACAGCAGUAGCAGCCAUGUCAAUUCUCUGUGCACCACAGAGCAUCACCCUAGUAGCACCUACUAUGCUGGAACAACACAAGGCUGGAGGAGAGAAGUCAUAAAUUUUGGAAAACUGCAUCUUUGUGGAUCUAUUCGGUUCCGGUGGUAUCAAGGAUUUUACCCAACUCCAAUGAAGCCUGUAACAUGGGCCAUUGAUAACAUUUAUAUUGGUCCUCAGUGUGAGGAAAUGUGCAAUGGCCAUGGAAGUUGUGUCAAUGGCACCAAAUGUAUCUGUGACCCUGAAUACUCUGGCCCCACAUGCAAAGUCAGCACUAAGAAUCCCGACUUCCUCAAGGAUGACUUUGAAGGUCAAUUAGAAUCAGAUAGAUUCCUCCUAGUAAGUGGUGGAAAACCUUCCAGGAAAUGUGGAAUUCUAUCCAGCGGAAACAAUCUCUUCUUUAGUGAUGAAGGCCUUAGAAUGCUCAUGACGAGAGAUCUAGAUUUAUCUUUAGCUCGAUUUGUACAGUUCUUUAUGCGCUUAGGUUGUGGAAAAGCAGUGCCAGAUCCUCGGAGUCAGCCAGUGCUACUGCAGUAUUCACUGGAUGGUGGACUAUCAUGGAGCCUUCUACAAGAAUUUCUCUUCAGUAAUUCCAGCAAUGUAGGACGAUAUAUUGCACUAGAGAUCCCACUGAAAGCUCGCUCCAUCUCCACUCGACUACGUUGGUGGCAACCAUCUGAGAAUGGGCAUUUUUACAGCCCAUGGGUGAUAGAUCAAAUUCUUAUUGGUGGAAACAUAUCUGGAAACACAGUGUUAGAGGAUGACUUCACAAGUUUAGACAACAGAAAAUGGCUUCUUCAUCCUGGUGGCACUAAAAUGUCAGUGUGCGGUUCUACUGGAGAUGCCCUUGUGUUUAUUGAGAAGGCCAGCACUCGUUAUGUGGUCACCACAGACAUUGUGGUCAAUGAAGACUCUUUUCUGCAGAUCGAUUUUGCUGCUUCAUGUUCUGUUUCAGACUCUUGUUAUGCCAUUGACCUGGAAUUCUCUUUGGAUCUGGGGCUCACAUGGAAUCAUGUAUUAAAAGAUUGCCUGACAAACAAUGUGGAAUGUUAUAAGUACCAACUACAGAGAGUGCUGGUGUCUGACACGUUUAACAAAUGGACCAGAUUUACAUUGCCUCUGCCUCCAUACACCAGGUCUCAGGGGACUCGGUUUCGUUGGAAUCAGCCAUCACCCUUUGACAAACAGCAAACCUGGGCUAUCGAUAAUGUCUAUAUCGGAGAUGGGUGUGUUGACAUGUGCAGCGGCCAUGGUCGAUGUGUACAGGGAAAUUGUGUAUGUGAUGACUACUGGGGAGGGAUUUAUUGUGAUGAGCCGGAGGUAUCUCUCCCAACUCAACUGAAGGACACUUUUAACCGGGCUCCAGCUAGCCAGAACUGGUUGACUGUAAAUGGUGGGAAGCUGAGCAGUGUCUGUGGCGCUGUAGCAUCUAUCAGUACCUUUUUUCACUGAUUAAGUGGAUGUAGUUUUUCUUUCAUAUCAUCACAGGGAUGUAGUCGCCUUUUGGUCUCUGUGGAUUUAAAUCUGACCAGCGCUGAAUUUAUUCAGUUUUAUUUCAUGUAUGGCUGUCUGAUAAUACCUCGCAACCGUGAUCAAAAUGUGCUACUGGAGUACUCCAUAAAUGGAGGCAUCACUUGGAACAUGCUCAUGGAAAUCUUCUAUGACCAGUACAGCAAACCAGGCUUUGUAAACAUCCUCUUGCCAUCCAGUGCUAAAACUGUUGGCACCCGUUUCCGCUGGUGGCAGCCCAAACAUGAUGGAUUGGAUCAGAAUGACUGGGCCAUUGAUAACGUGUUGAUAGCAGGCUCUGUGGAUCAAAGUACAGUGAUGCUGGAUACAUUCAGCAGUGCUCCACUUCCACACCAUGAACGCACUCCAGCGGAUGCAGGCCCCACCGGAAGGAUCACAUUUGAUUUCUUCUCUGAAGACAAAACUGCAGUGAAUGAACAUUGGCUUUUCCAUGAUGACUGCAGCAUUGAAAGGUUCUGUGACUCACCCGAUGGUGUAAUGAUCUGCGGAAGCCAUGAUGGAAGAGAAGUGUAUGCAGUGACCCAUGACUUGACACCAGCAGAAAACUGGAUCAUGCAGUUUAAGAUAGCAGUUGGCUGCAAGAACUCUGAGAAAAAUGUGCAAAACAAUGUGCAUGUGCAAUAUUCUACUGACUUUGGUGUGAGCUGGAGUUAUGUGGUUCCACAAUGUCUACCUGCUGAUCCUAAAUGUUCUGGGAGUGUAUCACAGCCAUCAGUAUUCUUUGCUGUUAAAGGAUGGAAGCGAGUCAUCUACCCUCUUCCUAAUAACUUGAUUGGAAACCCUGUCAGGUUUCGAUUUUACCAAAAAUAUUCAGAUAUUCAGUGGGGAAUCGACAAUUUCUACAUUGGACCUGGCUGCCUGGACAACUGUAAUGGCCAUGGUGAUUGCUUGCCGGAGCAAUGUAUCUGUGAUCCAGGAUACACUGGACCGAACUGUUACCUGUCACAUCCUUUAAAGACCUUCCUGAAAGAGCGCUUUGACAAUGAUGAACUAAAACCUGACUCAUGGUUGUCCAUGGAAGGAGGGAAGACAUGCAUAGACUGUGGCAUCCUAGCUGAGGAUACUGCCCUUUACUUUGGCUCAGGCGCGGUACGGCAGACAAUCACCCAGGACCUAGAUCUAAGAGGAGCAAAGUUUGUGCAAUACUGGGCAAGAAUUGGAAGUGAAAACAUUACAUUUUGCCAUAGACCCACGUGCAGGAAAGAAGGCGUUCUUCUAGAUUACUCUAUUGAUGGAGGUAUCUCCUGGACAGUGCUGCAUGAGAUGGACUAUCAAAAAUACAUGGACGUCAGAUAUGAUUAUAUCCUACUACCAGAGCACGCACAGACUAACACAACCCGUCUGCGCUGGUGGCAGCCCUUUACUGUUAGUAAUAGUGUUGUUGUACCUGGUCCUGAUCGUGCACAGUGGGCUCUUGAUAACAUAUUAAUUGGAGGAGCUGAGAUCAACCCCAGCCAGCUUGUAGACACAUUUGAUGAUGAAGGUACAUCACAUGAUGAACAUUGGAGUUUUUACCCCAAUGCUGUGAGAACUGCUGGCUUCUGUGGCAACCCAUCUUUUCACCUGUACUGGCCUAACAAGAAGAAAGACAGAACAGAUAAUAUACUUUCCUCAAGGGAGCUUAUUAUACAGCCUGGCUAUAUGAUACAAUUCAAGAUUGUGGUUGGCUGUGAAGUGAACACAUGCAUUGAUCGUCACUCUGUAAUGCUGGAGUACACAAAGGAUUCUAGGACAGAUUUAUGGCAGCUGGUUCAGACACAGUGCCUUCCUUCCUCCUCAAACAGCAUUGGAUGUUCCCCAUUCCAAUUCCAUGAAGCCACAAUCUACAACUCUGUCAACAGCUCAGUGUGGAAAAGAGUAACAUUGCAGCUACCAGACCAUGUCUCUUCCAGUGCUACCCAGUUCCGUUGGAUUCAGAAGGGUGAUGAGACAGAGAAACAAAGCUGGGCUGUGGACCAUGUCUAUAUUGGAGAAGCCUGUCCUAAGCUGUGCAGUGGACAUGGAUACUGUACUAAUGGAGUGAUCUGUAUAUGUGACGAGGGAUUCCAAGGUGAUGACUGCUCCAUAUUUAAUCAUGACCUUCCAAGUUAUAUUAAAGAUAAUUUUGAAUCUGAAAAGGUGACAGAAAUAAACUGGGAGAAUAUUCAAGGAGGUGUAAUUGGAAAUGGAUGUGGACAGCUUUCCCCAUAUGCUCAUGGAGACUCUCUAUACUUCAAUGGGUGUCAGAUAAGACAAGCCAUAACAAAACCACUCGAUCUCACAAGAGCAAGCAAAAUCAUGUUCGUGCUUCAGGUAGGAAGCAUUGCCCAGACUGAGAGCUGCAAUACCAACCUAAGCGAUCCCAACACUGUAGACAAAGCAGUACUGUUACAGUACAGUGUUAAUAAUGGCAUAACAUGGCAAGUAAUCGCCCAGCACCAGCCUAAAGAUUUCAUACCAGCACAAAGAGUGUCCUACAAUAUUCCACUGGAAGCACGUAUGAAAGGAGUCCUAUUGCGCUGGUGGCAGCCACGUCAUAAUGGAACAGGUCAUGAUCAAUGGGCUUUGGAUCAUGUAGAAGUUGUACUAGUAAGCACUCGCAAACAAAAUUACAUGAUGAAUUUUUCACGGCAACAUGGUCUCAGGCAUUUCUACAACAGGAGACGGAGGGCUCUGAGACAGUACCCAUGAAGAAGUAACAUGUAUAAUUCCUGCCAUCAUGUGAUGUGUUGCUUUUCAUUGUCUCCAAUCAAAACAAUGCGUCCACUUUCAAGACUUUACUGCUAUUGGCUUAAAUAACAAAGAGCCUUCUAUAAGACUGACCAUACUCCAUUUUACGCACUGUGAACUAAUGAGAAAUAACUUAUUUUCUCAUCGGUAAAUGUUAUAAUGUUGACGUGUCUGUGAAAGUAUGUGAUCUGUUGUAAUACCAGUUUCAUUGGAAGUAUUUCAGUUACGCGAUGUAUUCUGUUUAACAGAAAGCCAUCUUUAAGCACAAGGACUUGUUGGAACAUUUGGAAAAAGCGCAGUAUUUACAGUAUUUAACAAAAAGUUGACACUUAGAUAUUUAAGUGCACUGUAUUUCAUCUAUGUAUUAUAUUUUAUAAUAUUAAAUUAUCAUGUUUUUGUCUUUUAUGUACUCUCCUCUAAAAAUAUGUGCUGGCAUCUGUCAAAUUGAUAUAAUACAGUCUUUUACGUGAUAUUUGGCCCAUUGAAUGUACACUCUGAUAUUAAAACCUAAAACCAUGCAUAUAGGCUUAUAUUGUAACAUUACACAAAAAAAUUAUCUUUUUUAAGUUAUUGUACACCUUGGAUCCUUUUGGCGUGCUUAAUGGAGAGUACUGGUAAAAGUGUUAAGAACAUGUGGUCUUAAAGUUUUCCCUUAUGAAGCAUUGUGAACAGACCUUGAACAAAUGCCCAGCAUUCAGUAUAUGGCAGUAAAAGUGUUUUAGAUGUUAAAGGCCAAUUAACCCAGCAGUAACUGCAUUGUGGUGUCUGUGACGUUAGAGUGGCUUGUAGCCUGUGGACAUGUUCUUUGUGUUCCAUUUGUAGUUUGUCCCUAUUGCAGGUCUAUGUAUCUUCUGCUGUAGCAAUGCAACGACACCAGCAACAGCAUUAUGGCCGCAUAUCCUUUUUUUAUUGGACAUCAUAAAUUAUUAUCUGACAGCAUUUAAAGUUCCAAUACAAUAUGGGCAGUGCUCAGUAAAAA